UAUCUUACCAAGUCCAAGUAUUAAUGGAUACUUAAUAAGAGUUAAUGUGUAUUGGAUUUUUUAUGAUUCGAGUAUAAUGUCGAAUAGACAACUUUGGGGUGAAUUUGAAGAUGCUGAAAAUGAUGAGACAGUAUUACAAACUGUGAAUUUUAAUCCUAUAAUUGAACUAGGAAUGCAAAAUAUUCCAGAAAUACCUAUCACAGUAAAAUCAUCGCCGAUAGAAUUACCAAAACCAAAUUUGAUUACACACACUAUACAGCUUCACGAGUAUGCAAGGCAAUUAACGGCAAUAAUAAACCGAACGGAAAAUGCUGCGUAUGAAGGGGCCCGACUAGAUACCUUGAGCUUACCAAGUACUCCGCCAGAACCGAAUUUGAAAGUAGAACAUGAAGCAACACCACCAAUUAACUUUUUACCAAAGCAAUAUUGUGACUUUUCUCUUGGGAAAGGGCCUGUUAUUUUACCCUUUACACCAGAAAGCCACAGACGAGCACUACGACAAUGUGCUGCUAUAGCUAUAGGACAUGUUGGCUUUGCUUCUUCAACUAACACAGCCUUAAAUGCAGUAGCAGAUGCUUUAGAUGUUUACAUGACAAAUAUGUGCAAAUUGAUGAGAACUGUUGUGGAUAGAGAGGCGAGUGGUAUUAAUUCUGGUUAUCCAGAUGUAAUAUCUAAAGUUUUUGCCGAAUUGAAUGUUGGAAACCUGUAUAACUUCUAUGAAAACCGGGUUGUGAGAUAUCAUGAAAAAAUUAAAAGUCAAUGUGAAGAAUUAAAAAAUCAUUGUGAAGCAUUAGCUAUAGGUGACAUAGCACCCCAGCUUAAACUUGAAGAAGUGCCAGAACUGCAUUUCCCAGCAGCUUUAGAUGGUGCUUUCACACCCUCCCUUGAACCUGGAUUUCAAAUGUUGCACAGUCUUGAACAAGAACAGUUGCAAGGACUAGAUUUAUUAGAUGUAGUCACAGAUGAUAUCAAAGUGGAGCCGAUGGAAUUUUCUCAACCAGAAACUACGAAAUUACCUACUUUAUCACCUAAUGCAAAAAAGAAAAGAAAAUAA